UCGGACGCUCCGCCAACCACCCAGCGACACUAUAAAAAUAGACCGCCAAAACGCGCACUCUCAGUAUUUUUUAACCGGCUCUUUACACUCGUGCUUGAUUUAGGUUAAGUUCAAGUUAGUUUAACAAAAAAAUGUCGAAACCACCAUUUAAAGUCGCUGAUUUGAAACUGGCCGAUUGGGGCCGCAAAGAAAUCUCCCUCGCUGAGAACGAGAUGCCCGGUCUAAUGAGUCUCCGCAAACAGUACGGCCCGAAGAAGCCUCUCAAGGGGGCCAAAAUCGCCGGUUGUCUCCACAUGACCAUUCAAACGGCGGUGCUUAUUGAAACCUUGCGCGAGUUGGGGGCCGAGGUUCAAUGGUCAAGUUGCAACAUAUUUAGUACGCAAGAUCACGCCGCUGCUGCUAUUGCCAAGACUGGGGUACCGGUCUAUGCCUGGAAGGGGGAGACCGAUGAGGAAUACAUCUGGUGUAUUGAACAGACGCUGAUUUUCGCCGAUGGCAAACCGUUUAAUAUGAUUUUGGACGAUGGGGGCGAUCUUACGAAUCUGGUGCAUCAGAAAUAUCCGCAAUAUUUGAAGGAUUGUAAAGGCAUCAGUGAGGAGACCACCACCGGCGUUCACAAUUUGUACAAAAUGUUCAAGGAGGGCACGCUGAAGGUGCCGGCGAUUAACGUCAACGACUCGGUCACCAAAAGCAAAUUCGACAACCUCUACGGCUGCCGGGAAUCUCUAAUCGACGGAAUCAAGCGCGCCACCGACAUAAUGUUGGCCGGAAAAGUAUGCGUGGUGGCUGGCUAUGGCGACGUGGGCAAAGGCUGCGCCCAGUCCCUUCGAGCCUUCGGCGGCCGUGUCAUAAUCACGGAGAUCGACCCCAUCAUAGCCCUCCAGGCCGCCAUGGAGGGCUACGAGGUCACUACCAUGGAGGAGGCGAGCAAAGAGGGCCAGAUCUUCGUCACUACCACCGGCUGCAAGGACAUCAUCCUAGGCCAACAUUUCCUCAACAUGCGGAAUGAUAGCAUUGUGUGCAACAUUGGCCAUUUCGAUUGCGAGAUCGAUGUCAGUUGGUUAGAGAAAAACGCCAAAAGUAAAACGAAUAUCAAGCCGCAAGUCGAUCGCUACUUGCUGGCGAAUGGCAAUCAUGUGAUUGUUCUGGCCGAGGGCAGGUUGGUCAACUUGGGGUGUGCCACAGGACAUCCUAGUUUUGUUAUGUCGAAUUCGUUCACGAAUCAGUGUUUGGCUCAGAUUGAGCUGUGGACGAAACCGGGGCAGUACCCCGUGGGGGUGCAUAUGUUGCCGAAGGUUUUGGACGAGGAAGUGGCGAGGCUGCAUUUGGAUCAUUUGGGGGUCAAGUUGACCAAGCUAACGCCAGAGCAGUCGAAGUAUUUGGGGGUGCCGGUGAAUGGGCCGUAUAAACCCGAUCAUUACCGAUACUGAGCGCGGAUUGGUUGUGUACUUAUUUUGGUCUAUGUACAAUAAUACAAUAAAAGAAGUGAAUCUUA